AUGAAUUAUUUUAAAAUAAAUGAUUUAGUAAUUGCUAAAAUUUAAGGAUAUCCUUGGUGGCCUGGAAUCGUAUCUAAGGUUUUAAAAAUAAAUAAAAAUGGUGAAUAAUAAUAUAAAUAUAAAUAUAAAAUUAAUUUUAUUGGGGACAAUUCAUAAUAAAUUUUGAAAAAACAUUUAUAUAAUAUUCAUAUAUUAUAUUUAUAUCUAUUUAAAGUUCUUACCUGACAGAAAAUAAAAUAAUGCAAUUAACAAAACAGUUCUAAGAGAAAAAUAAAAACUCAAAAAAUUUUAAAUUAUUAAAUUCAAUUAAUAUAGCAAAAGAUAUAUAAGAAGGAAAAUAUACUUUUGAAUAAUGGCUAUGUAAAGAAUAUGGUAAAGAUGAAUUUUUAAAAUUUAAAAAUGAACAAAAUUAUCAAAAUAAUUUAGAAUUUGAUUUUAAUAUAAUCUAAAAAUCUAAAAAUAUAAAAAUAUAAUAAGAAAUAUACGAGGAUGAAGAGGAAGAAUAUGAAUUUAAAAAUUUAAAUAAAAAAAUUAAAACAAAUAGCUAUAAUAACAACCUCGAAUAAUCAAACCAAAAU